AGCGGCGGCCAUGUGUAAGGUCGACAUCGUUUCCUCCUCGUUCGAAGUAACAAGAUCACUUUAGAAUGCGCGUUCUGCAACUCGUUUGCUGAACGUUCUUCAUUAUACGAGUCCUUCAAGAACUCGGAGAUUCGCAAUCCGGCGAACUUGGUUAGAAGAAACGCACGCUGCAGGAAGAAGCUACCUUCAAGGACAACUACUGGAUUUACUCUAGAUUGUAUUCAUAACAUCUAACCUGGCGAUACGACUUAUACGAUAAUUGGGGUAGACUUGGGGUAUACAACACUUGGCUAAAUCAAAAGUCGGGAUGGUAAACCGCCGGACACCAACUGAUGGCGAUCAAAGUCAAUCCGCACUCACUUCCUCCGGUUCGAGCGAACAACUAGUACAAGAUACCCAACCCCGCACACAAGCACAUCCCCUUUCUUCUUCUUCUGCUUCUUUUCACCAACCAACACCCGCAACUACAGACAACCACCAGUGGUUUCCACCCUCACAGCAGAUGAUCGUCCCCAGCUCUUCCUUUUAUGACCCUGCUCAAGCCUCGGGAUUUCCAACCCAGCAACCUAUGAACGUUUGGAAUGCACAAUUCACAGGUCCAGGCAUUCCAGGCGGCGAAUACUAUCCCAGACAAGAACAGUCCUACCAGCAACCCUAUGCUUUCGAAGGCCCUACCUCGACCCAGUAUUCUUUUGUUCAGCCUCAGACACAGGGGCAAGUUCAGCAACAACAGCAACAGCAGCGGCGCCCCACUAUUCCCGCUUCACGGCGGUCGGCACGUGGUGGUGCUAGAGCUUCUGCGUACUAUAGGCAAGGCGGCGCGCAAAGUCAGCAACUCCAAUACCCUACCCUCCCUCCGGUUCAAGCCCCCGUACCACCCCACCCUCCUUCCCCUCCUCAACCCCAACCAGCUCAACCGACAGGCCAAGCCCUCGCCGCACAGCGUACAAGCCAAUUAAUCGCUCAAGGCCAAUUCCCACCAGUGCAGGCCGAACAGCAUCAGCAGUACACCUGCUCAGGGGACACUACACGACCCCUCCACCUCCAACUCAGACACAGUUUCAGAUCCAGCAAACCCCGUUCCCGCCUUCGCAGACGAGGGCUCAGAGUCAGUUUGCGCAUGUGCAGCCGGUUGUCCCAUCACAAGCACAUACGCACGCGCAUUCGCAGCAUCAUUCUCAUGUCCAGACGCAUACCCAACCUCAUCCUCAAGCUCAUCCUCAUGUCCAGACGCAUACCCAACCUCAUCCUCAAGCUCAUCCUCAUGUCCAAGCGCAUACUCAAUCUCACGUCCAAGUUCAAGUUUAUCCUCACGCACAAGCAACGAAUGCACCUCAGCAGUCUCAGCAUUACUCAUCCUCAGACUCGUAUUAUAUGGCGAGCGACGUACAAGGCAUUUAUUAUGCGAUAAAUCCUCAGGGGAGUCAGAGUUUGCCUAGUCUUGUGAGUUUUCUUGCUACCUUUUUAAUCUUUUUUCGGGGUUUGUUUUGGGGUACCU